ACGUGCACUAUAUUUAUAAUUAAAUGAUUGGUCAACAUCGGUAGCGCGAAUAAAUUAAAAUAUGAAUUCUAGAAGAGCAGGAAAUACAACUCGAAGGGUAAAAAAUGAUGAAAGUUCUCUUAAAAAUCCAGUUUACAGUGCAAAAUCUAAUAACUCUGUUAGAUCACGGCUUAUGAAAGAGCUAUCAGAAAUCAUGCUUUCUAGCAACAAAUCUGUUACAGCAUUUCCUGAUGAAGAAAAUACAUUCAAAUGGCAUGGAAAAAUAAAAGGACCAGCUGAUUCUAUUUAUCAAGGGUUAGCAUACAAAAUGAGUUUAAACUUUCCAGAAAACUACCCUUAUGAAGCUCCUACUAUUAAGUUUGUUACACCAUGUUUUCAUCCAAAUGUUGACGCACAAGGAAAUAUAUGUCUUGAUGUUUUAAAGGAAAUGUGGUCUUCAUGUAAUAGUGUUCUAUCUGUGUUAGUUUCCAUACAAAGUCUUUUACAAGAUCCAAAUAUUGAAAGUCCUUUAAAUCCUCAAGCAGCAACACUUUGGAAAACACCAAUAGAAUACAAACGAGCUUUGAUAUCUGCAUCUUCAGACGCUAUCGAGGUGUUCAAUUCGUGGUAAUAGUGAGAUAAAAAAUAGCUAUAAUUGUAAAUAAAUUCAUAAUUAAAUUACUGGAAUUCUAUUUAAUACAAGUUGUCAUUCCUAGUUUUUAUAUACACAUGUGAAUGAAAUAUAAUAUUUACAAAUUAAA